AAUAUCUAAAGAAUGACAUAAACAUUAAAUGACUCACCCACCCUACCCUAGUCAAUGUACAUGAAAGGGCUUGAGUACGAAUCAAAUCAGACAUGCGUACAACGAUUAGUAUUUUCGCGCCAUUUUUGAUCGAGUGUUCCAAGAUGGCUGACCCUCUGAGGAAGAAAAUCCUGUCGAUAUUCAGAUUAAAUGGCCUCUCGCUGAAAAGUGAAGCUACAAAAUUCCUCAGGGAUGUCCUCUCUCCUUUAUCUGAACCUGAAGUAGAUGAAUGGUUGGAGAAAAUAGUGGAAACCGUUCAAAGUCAGCCUUUAGGUUCGUCACUGGUUGAUCGAGACACGAUUGAAACGGCGGUACAAGAAUGUAGUAAGGAUCCAUCAGAAGACAGCGAUAAAGCAUUCUGUAUCAUCGAUGCCUUCAGCACGCCGAAAUUCUCGUUCAGUGUGGAUAGGAAAAAGUUUUUCCCCGUAUCAGGCAAAGCAUCGCUUCAUCCUGUUACUGAUAUCAAAUCUAUGUUGUUCGCUGAACGAUACACUGUGAUACAGCAAAGGACCUCAAGACAUGAGUUAUUCUCCAACGUGGCCGAGUUAGAAGCAGUAAAACAGAAUCAGAACUCCGAAAGAUUUGAUUUAAAAACCGUGGAAUUCUUAAUCGGCAGUACAGGGUGUUUAAAACAAAUCAUUGUACUUGGAAUGUUGAGUCAAAUCAAAGAGGGCAAAUUUUACUUAGAGGACCCCACAGGGGCAGUGGAGUUGGACAUGAGCCAAGCAAAGUUCCAUACAGGACUCUAUACAGAAAGUUGUUUUGUUUUAGCCGAGGGUACAUAUGAUGAUGAUAUAUUUCAUGUUGCUGCCAUGGGGUUCCCACCUGCCGAGCCUAGUAAGAUUACAAGGAACCAGUUUGGAAGUAUUAACUUCUUUGGAGGGCCAUCCCAAACAUGUGCCAAAGCAUCCAGCAAGCUGAAAGAUAUGGAGAAAGAAAAUACUGAUGCUAUGUUUGUGAUUUUGUCUGAUGUAUUCCUUGAUCAACCAAGGGUCGUGGACAAGCUACGUACCAUGUUCACUGGGUAUUCUACAAUGCCCCCAUCCUUGUUCAUUCUCUGUGGGAAUUUUAAUUCCCAGCCUUAUGGGCCUAAGCAGUAUAAAGCAAUAAAAGAAUCAUUCCAAGCAUUUGCUAGUUUGGUGUCAGAAUUCCCAUCCUUACUUGAGUCAACUCGAUUCGUGUUUGUUCCUGGACCUCAAGAUCCUGGACCAGGAAAUAUCAUUCCAAGACCUCCCAUUCCAGAAAGCCUAGUUAAAGUUGUUACCGAGAAGAUUCCACUGGCCUCAUUCACGUCAAAUCCUUGCAGGAUACAAUACUGUACACAAGAGAUUAUAAUCUUCCGUGAAGACCUUAUAAACAAGAUGUGUCGCAAUGCAAUUCAUAUACCAACAGACCCUAAAGACAUUCCUAAUGAGUUACUCAAGACUAUUCUUGCUCAGGCCCACUUGUGUCCUCUACCACUUCAUACUAGACCUAUUUACUGGGGAUAUGACAGUUCCUUAAGGGCUUAUCCUGUGCCAGACUUGCUUGUUUUAGCUGAUAGACAUGAUCCUUAUACUUGUACAGCAUUAGACUGUUCAGCUACGAACCCAGGCUCAUUUUCCAAAAAUGAUUUUUCAUUCAAAGUGUACUGGCCUCCAACUAAUGAGGUAGAGGACUGUAAGAUCGCUGACUGAUAUACAUCACUAUUCUAUAUCAUAAGAAACAGAAUCUGAAUUCAUUUUGAGAUUUGAAAUUAGAAAUUUUAAACUAAUAAGGGUGAUAAUAAUAAUAAAUUUCAGGUCUUUAUAGUUUCAUAGUUAACAGAUUUUUCCAUGUCUGGUCUUCUAACACAAAUACCUUGGUGUGGGGACCCACAUGUAUGACUAUUAUGAAGGAUUUUUAGAAUGGAGUGUAUGAUAGUCAAAUGCAAAAAUAUAAGAUCACUGUAAAAAAAAAUUAUAGUUUGUAAAUAUAUAAUUAUUUUUGCGUAUUCCAAUAAACUGUUAAACUGUA